CGCGCAUACCGCACCGACCAACUACACGCGUGAAGAGGCGGCUCUUUGCCUUCCGUCGUCCGACUCAGUCAGUUUGUAUUAGUUGGCUGGAGGAGGAGAGAGGGGCGAUCGGGGCUAUUUUUUUUUCUUUAAACCCUGCUCAUUUCGGAACUGCAUUGCACGGCGGUUAGUAAGUGGGAUCACGCACGAGACGCGGCUUUGCUCGCGGCUGCCGCCUGGACGCACACAAGGAUGCUUCCGAGGACAACUGCGCAGGGGUUCCUCCGCUGAACAAACAGGGCGUCCGUUACGAAGAUGAAUGAUUCCUCCUGCUUGCCGUGAAGACCACCCACGGAUCGACGGCAUAUUCGGUAUGGACCCCUCCAUCUCUGCUCGCUCCCUGAAACAACAUUGCGCAGUGCAGUGAAGAGGGAUUCGGAAGCUGGCUAGCUGGUGUCUCUCCCCCACACUGUCGGGUGUACACAGCCCAACAGAUCACUGUCAAUGUAAGAGUCCUCUCCUCCAGCCGUGGGAGCCACUCUCCAGGGGCACAGAUGAGAGGCAAGCAGUAUCAUCAGCCGCUGAAGUUGACAGCACCCUGGGAGAAGGAUGCCGGCUUUGGGAGGAAGCUCAAAACCUACAGGAAUCAUACCAAGAUAAUAGCACAGCCUGGAAUCGUCAUGAAAGUCCUGCGCAGGAAGAGGAUUGUGUUAUUUAUGGCCUACUUCUUGCUGCUGGUGCUCACCAUGCUGAACUUGGCCAAUUAUAAGUGGACCAAAGAGCCACAGCAGUGCAACCACCAGAUGAGGAGCACCACUUACCAGGGCAGGUCCGACAUCCGCUUCCUGUACAGGCCCUCUCUCGCCAAAAAGAGGCAGCUCAUCUACGUUCUGACCACCUGGAGGUCAGGCUCCUCCUUUUUCGGGGAGCUUUUCAACCAAAAUCCAGAAGUGUUCUUCUUAUACGAGCCCAUGUGGCACAUCUGGCAGAAACUGUACCCCGGCGAUGCCGUCUCUUUACAGGGAGCAGCCAGGGACAUGCUGAGCUCCUUGUACCGCUGUGAUUUGUCUGUUUUUCAACUUUACAACAGCCCUGGGGGCAAGAACUUCACAUCACUGGGGUUGUUUGGAGCCACCCUCAAUAAAGUGGUGUGCUCCUACCCCCUCUGUUCUGCCUACAGGAAAGAAGUGGUGGGGAUGGUGGAUGACAAGGUGUGUAAAAAGUGCCCCCCUCAAAGCCUUAGACUCUUGGAGGAGGAGUGCCUCAAGUACAACACCAUAGUUAUCAAAGGGGUGCGCAUUUUGGACGUAAAUGUCCUGGCGCCGCUCAUGGAGGAUCCCUCCUUGGAUUUAAAGGUGAUCCACCUGGUGAGAGACCCGAGAGCAGUGGCCAACUCCAGGAUAAAGUCCAGGCACGGGUUGAUUCGGGAAAACCUGCAGGUCGUCCGCAGCAGAGACCCUAAACUGCGGCGGAUACCUUUCGUGGAUCCAGGUCACAAGGCCAACAAAAAGGACGGCUCAGACUACCACUCCAUCGGGGCGAUGGAGGUGAUUUGCGACCGUACCUCCAGGACGUUGAGGACUGCCUUAAACCCACCCAGGUGGCUAAAGGGGAAGUACAUGGCUGUUCGCUACGAGGACCUGGUGGAGAACCCUGUGAAGACGUUACGGAACAUCUACCACUUUGCCAACCUGACCACCAACCACGAGAUAGAGUCGUUCGCUUUGAACAUGACCAGCGGCUCCAGCUCCUCCUCUAAGCCGUUCAUCGUGUCGUCCAGGAAUGCCACACAGGCGGCCAGCGCCUGGAGGACAGUGCUCAGCAUCCAGCAGAUCAAACAAGUGGAGGACUACUGCCACCAUUCCAUGUCCGUGCUCGGCUAUGAGCGGGUCAGAACAGCCGGGGAGGCCAAAGACUUGAGCAAAUCACUGCUGACACACUCCAAACUGUGAACACGUCGUCGUCGUCAUCACCAAAGACUUGGUUUAAUUUAAACUUCCUUUUGCAUCCUGUGAUGUUUUCCUGCGGUCGGGGAUUCUAAGCUUUAUUUCGUUGUUUGAGGAGCUUCAUAGGCCAUGUUUGGAAUGUAUCCUGUUCAUUCGCAGAGGACCACUUUUGUAUCGGAACACUGGAUGUACGACUGGAACCGUGAGCUGCAUCUCAUACAAAACAAACCAAUUCCCGUAUCUUGUUAUGAUCACAGCAUUUCAAAGUGGAUGUUACUUUUGAAUGUUCAAAAUUCUUAUAUUAGGAAUUAUGUUUUGCCAGUCUCCAUAUUGUCUGUAAAAGUGACUCGUGGCCUACAUUCGCAUUACCAUGGUAAAGAGACAACAUUUUGAUUUGCCUGUAUGCAUAGAUGCUCAUAUUGUUAAACAUGAUGAAAAAAUAGCACAGUAAUAGUGGAAGCUUUAAGCAAUUUAUUCUUUAAAGAAACAAAACUGAAGUAUCUCAUGAUUGUCACUCAAAGGUUCAACUUUGAACAUCAAGCAUGUUUACAUCAGCACCAAGCCUGGUUUCCAGUUACAAGGUACCUAAUAUAUAAAUAAUAAACAGUAAACAAAUAUACGGCCCCUGAACAAUGCCGCCUGCUUGUGAUUUCAAUAAAAUAAAAACACUACAUUUAAAAAUAAUAAACAAAUUCUCUUAGUUUAAUUUUCGAACUUAGAAAAAGAACUUUAGGAGACAGAUAGUAACUAUUGUUGUGUUGUUAUUACAGAGUUGUUCUGGAGACACCAUUGUCAGAUCUAAGCUUUGAAAACCAGUGACUGAAGCAGUACGGUAUGAUCAGGCCUAUUUUUGCUCACAUCAGGUGACACUGGAUCAGUUGUUGUGUGGUUAGCUCUGGCUAUAAGUUCAUGAAACAGGGAUGGAAACAUUCACAAUACUGUGACAGAAAUGAGCAGCAAAGGGGACUAUGCAACAAGUAAAUCAGAAAUGACUUGUAAUGUGAAUGUAGCCGAGACAGAGGAAUGAAAAACAGACGAGAAAUCAACACGAAACUCAUUGUUUAUUUGUAUGAUCUGGUUUAAGGUCAGUGACAAUCAAUGAAUCGGUUCGUUGAUGUGCCAUAGGUAGUGAUGUGUAGGCCGCAUCAGAAUAGCCAGACUGCUAUUGUGAAUUGUUGCCAUGAAAUCCUGGAACGACGAAGCAUAUCAUGCACUGUAGGCUGCUGGGAGUCCGGUUUUGGUGUUCACUCUCUGUUCAACCAUUUCAAAUGUUUACAAUUGCUUGCUCUUAUCGAAGAAAAGAAAAGAACACUUGACCUGGGAUGUUGCAUCGAGUAAAGUUCACAGUUGACUUGACUGUCUGACUUUUUUCUUGAACUGAUUUUGCCGUCAUACACUUGACUUCUAUUGAAGAAGGGUUUUUAAAGUCUUCUCACGGCAUUCAGCAGUUUAAAAAUAUCCCCUGGUGGAAACAGUUCUUCCAAAGAAUCAUCACUAGUUUUGGUUAUUGGAAUUAUACAAUAAGAUUAUUUGUGAACAUUUUAUUACACGAUGAAGUGCUAACUGCCUCAGUGACGAUGACAAUAAGAAGCUAUGACACAUUUAGAAUGUUAUCACCUGCUUUGUGUUAGAAUACUUGAAAAGUCAUUCAUUUAUUUUUUUCCCUUGACUAAUCCCUUAAUGGAGUCUCACCCACGUACUUGGAGUGAAAACCGUGGGUCGCCCUGGACGGGUCAACACCGGACAACCAUGCCACAUUCUCCUUGUGUAAUUACACAAAAAUAGCAUUUACCAAAUUAUGUACGCAAACAUUUUAAAAUGCUGGGGUAUACACACUUUAUGUCAUUUUAAACAUGAAAAGUUAUUAAAUGAUAAUUUGAGUUAAAACACAUGAGCAUCAUACAGAAGAUCCACAAAAACACACUAUACUUUAAAUUGUUAUUUACUUAAUGGUUGAAAUUUGCUUUGAGUC